GCUGCUGAAACGUCACUCUUCUGAGUCCAGCAACGAAGCAACCAACAUGAUGAAGUGGCUUGUUGUUCUUUCAGCCCUCGUGGCUUUCUCCGAGUGCUUCCACAGGAUUCCCCUGAUCAAGGGAAAGACUGCCAGGCAAGCCCUGAAGGAGAAAGGAUUAUGGGAGAAGUACAGGAAGAUGUAUCCAUACAACCCACUGGCCAAGUUCAUCCAGACCGGAACCGAGUCCAUGACCAACGAUGCUGACUUAUCCUACUAUGGUGUGAUCUCCAUUGGUACCCCACCUCAGUCCUUCACCGUCAUCUUUGACAGUGGGUCCUCCAACCUGUGGGUCCCUUCAGUCUACUGCACCAGCGAGGCCUGCCAGAACCACAAAAAGUUCAACCCUCAGCUGUCCUCCACCUUUAAAUGGGGCGGCGAGUCUCUGUCCAUCCAGUACGGCACUGGCAGCAUGACUGGAUAUCUGGGCAGUGACACUGUUGAGGUGGGUGGCAUCUCUGUGGCCAGCCAGGUGUUUGGACUUAGCGAGACAGAGGCUACUUUCAUGGCUUCAAUGGCUGCUGAUGGCAUCCUGGGUCUGGCCUUUCAGUCCAUUGCCUCUGAUGAUGUUGUGCCAGUCUUCAUCAACAUGAUCAAGCAGGGACUGGUGGCCCACCCCUACUUCUCCGUCUACCUGAGCGGCGACAGUGAGGCUGGCAGCGAGGUGAUCUUCGGGGGUAUUGACAGCACCCACUACACUGGAGAAAUCACCUGGAUCCCUCUGUCCUCUGCCACCUAUUAUCAAAUCAACAUGGACAGUGUUACCAUCAAUGGACAGACUGUGGCCUGCUCUGGUGGCUGCCAGGCCAUCAUUGACACUGGCACCUCCUUGAUCGUUGGCCCAAGCACUGAAAUCGACAACAUAAAUUCCUGGGUUGGAGCCACAACAAAUGAAUAUGGAGAUGCUAUAGUGAACUGCCAGAACAUCCAGAACAUGCCUGAAGUCACCUUCACUCUCAAUGGACAUGCCUUCACUGUCCCUGCAUCUGCCUAUGUCUCUCAGAGCUCUUCUGGUUGCAGCACUGGCUUUGGCCAGGGUGGCACUCAACAGCUUUGGAUCCUGGGAGAUGUCUUCAUCAGGGAGUACUACACCGUCUUUAAUCCUCAUACUAAAUACGUUGGUCUGGCCAAGUCUGUGUAAUCAAAUAAGACACCUGAUGGAUAAUCUGUAAGUGUGUAUUUUCCUGUAGGGGCUUGUCUGAUUACAUGUGAGUGUGUUGUAGCUGACUUUGCAUUAAAUAAAAGAGCAAAAUAAAAAACA